GGGUAACUGGGAAUUGAGUCUUCAAGGCAGUUUACCUCACCAAUGGGUUAGAUUGAUGCUUAGAUUGAUCACUGAAGUAGAGACUGUCUAUCUAUGAAAUGUGUUAGGCAACUUUGGUGGGCUUUGCCAAGACCACCAAGGUUACCACGUGACUUAGCCCUUCGGGACUAAGUCCAACCUUCGUGCUCCAUAGGACUAGAUAGAAUGUCAUGCUUUUACAACCUCACAAACUUUCAAACCUCUGCGUGUAACAAAAUGCCUGGGAGUCCUGUCCCUUAUAUACCCAUAUCUCCUUCACUGAUCCCCACUUGGAUGUGUUGGUUGUCCAACAUAUCCACCCCUGUAGGUCACGUGACCUAUCGGUCCUUUCCUUCCUCCGAUGCGGGGUUCCGUGAUCCUAGCGUCUGUAUCCACCUGGCCUGCCGACGGGCCUGUAAUGUUGGUUCAGGGCCAACGGUUCGUAACACCAAUGCAGCUUUCCCUCCCAACACAUAUACUAUAAACCCCCCACCCCCCAUUCGCACACGCAUCAUGGUUCCUCCGUGGCACUUGCCCUCUCAGACGACUUCUGGAAGAAUAGUUGGAAUUUUUUGUGGGAAUCUGCGGGCAUGGCUUUCUCGUCUACCAUGCUUCGCUACGCGAUGCUUUCCUGCGGCUUAUAAGCUGAGCUUAGUGUCUUCCUGGGCUGGGGCCCAUAAUCCGCAACAGUGUGGGUGCGGUCCUCAACACCAAUGGCGUGAUUUCAUGCCCGCCGAGCAUUGUCCUGAGCUGCGUUGAUGCUUCAAGGCCUAUUCUCACUUGGACGCAGAUCUCAAGUGCCUGGCCGCAUCGCUGUGGCGCUGGACUCUGGAGCUGCUACAAACCCCUGCGGCUCGUUUCCAUUUCCAACCGCGUAGCAACCUGCAGAUAGGCCAGAGUCGCCUGAAG